UUAAACAAACUUUACGCCAGGGUGGCACGGAGUAACUGCAAGCAGUGUUACAAUAUCAGAUAUUGACCACGGAGUAGCGCUCUACUGAGAUGCUUUACAAAGUGCAUAGACACAUGUAGUUGUUAUCGGUUACCCUCUUUAAAAUAACAUGGAAGUGCUGGGGCCGUCUGUUACAAUUUGCCAAAGGGGUAAUCAAGUCCUGACUCACCUUAUCGGUAGAGAGAUGCAGGGCCGCGGAGCGGUAAACCUGCAGCGGCUCCUUGACGACUUCACCCACAUAGAGGAGACAAUUACAGAAGUCACAAAAAGGAACAGCUUCCUGGAGGUUAAAUUAGAAGAAACCAGCCAGUUGAUUAAAUUAAGUAAGACCAAAGAAAAGUAUUUGAAGGAAGAGAGAGACAAACUGCUACAUACAGCCACUGGUUUCCAGCAAUCGAUUCAACAGCAGUGUGACCUGAGGUGGGAGAACGAGAGCCUGAGAAACACCAUUCUGCUGAUGGAAAGAGAGUUUCAGGCUAGGAUAGAGGAGGGUAAGGCUUGUGAGGCGAAGCUGGCUAAGGACCUUCGUGAUCUGGAGGAUCGCCACCAGGAGGGGCUGGAGGAAAUGCGGCGGGAAAUGCGACACAGUGUGGAGAUGAAGGGGCUGGAGAUGAAAGCACUUGCAGAGCUGAAAGAUUCAGAGCUGGAGGAGAUGAGGCAGAAGAUAAAGGAGCAGGAAAGAGAGAGACAGAGCGAGCUUCUGAAGUUACAAAUGGAGUUCAGUGCCAGGAUGGCCCGGGUUCAGGCCUCCUUUCAGGGCCAGAAGCAACUGCAAGUGACUCCGCCAGUAUCUAGAAGUGUCUUCCAACGCAAACUGCAGUCUCUGCAGGAGGAGAAGAGCAGGGAGGUUGCAGCUCUCCACCAGCAGGUGGCAGCAUUGCAGCAGCAGCUAUUCAAGCAAACACACCAAUCAAAGAGAAAGAAGCUUUAGAGGCAGUAGGUUUCUUCUUGGCGUUGCUGAAGUGCAUCCUUCCCUCCAGUGGGAUUAGCAGACUGAGCAGGAAGGACCCACUGCCAGCCGCAAAUUAAUAAAGUGCAUUAGUAUGGAAUGUGUGCAUUGUACACGUGCAUUUUAUUUCAGAAAGUUAUGAAGUGCAUGCCAAUGUUUGUGAUGUUUGAUUGUCUUGGAAUUAGUUAAUACAGUUUUAACUAAUAAUAACAUAACUGUCAUGUGAAAUAGGUGAACAAUCUGCAGUAGUUUUAUUUCUCAUAGAUACAUUUCUCAUUGCAUGACAAAUAUACUCCAUAUAAAAUAAAAGGUACAAACAGCUUAUGUCAAUAAUGA